CGUAAACAAAGAAAUGUGUCCAGUGAACUGUGACGUUAUUUUGAAAAUAAACUAUCAAAAAAUGUGAGCACAGUGGUUUUCAUAAUUUAAUUGAAGUUGUAAUGUGUGUAUAUUGUUAUAUCAGAGAUUAUGAUUAAAGAUUAUAUGAUAUAGUGUCGUAAUCUAAAAAUAAAAGUGAUAUCGCGGCAGGAAAUCCUACAGGAAAUGAGAGACAAAAGUGGCAAGCUCGCCGACUUCUAAUUCAGUUUCCAUUCGCGAAAACGAUGGGUACGACGUAUAGGGAACUUUUUAAAUUGUACGAUCUUAUACAAAACGGGGACGCAAGAUCCGUGGAACGAUUUUUUGCUGAAAAUAAGAUAGAUUUAAAUGUGAUUUUACCAUGUAAAGGUAUUGGAGUAUUACAUUUAGCUGUAGGAAUAGAAAAUUAUGAUAAGUCUAAGCAGUGCACAGAAUUAAUACUGAAGAAUGGUGGAGAUCCCAAUUUAAGUAAUGACGAUGGUAUAACACCAGUGCACAUAGCUGCAAUAUGGGGCAAAGUUGACAAUAUGAAGCUGCUUAUUGGCUGCGGAGGGGACCCCUUGAAGGCUGACUACGAUGGGGUCUCUGCUUUUGACUAUGCUGUCCAAGAACAGCAGUGGGAGGUGUAUGACUACCUGCAUAAUGUAGUUGACCAAAGCGAUGACUCUAUGGGAUCUCCAUGUGCAUACACGUUAGACUUAGAACGAAUAUUAGUGACAACAGACCAAUUGGUCGCCGAGUAUGAACCAGUUGUUGAAAACCCCACAAACAACGUGUCUAACAACAGAAAAUCUGAAAUGAUUCGCGACUGGUGCGACAAAAACAGUUUAGUUAUCAACAAACUGUAUCCAACCAUUCUGGGUGAUACAUACCUAAUUGAAAACGAAUCUGUGCCUUGGAAAGACAGCGAUUUUACCAAAACUAAUGAUUUAAAUGAUACAGAUAUAACUUUUCGUAAAUGCUUAUCUAAAAGAGGAAGUGAAGUCGAAAUAAGUGGCAUAUAUCCACUAGAACAGACGUUAGAGAAAAAUCACGGAUGUAUUAAAGAUAUCAAACGAAAACAGAGUAUAUAUGAAAACUUUUCUCUACCUGGUUCCCCAAACAGUAUUACACACAUAAACUACAAUACUAAAAGCAGUUUAAAGAAAGGCACUUUAACUGACUCCUAUUGUUCAGAGUUAAACAAAUUAAUUGACAGAAGUUCUCUAUUGACUGAAGAGUCUAAAGUAGAUUUAGACAAGGCAUUAACAAAGAAUUCGAGGAAACACAAAAGCGACGCUUCUAUUUGUUCUGAAUUGAACAAAUUGGCUAUAGACAGAAGUUCUCUGUUGACAGAAGAAUCUGUUGAGCUGGAUAGAGCUUUAGCAGUACAUCAGAAUAGGACAAAUGAGUGGUUAUCAUCGUGUGGUGAUGAAGUAAAACCGGGGAAUACGAGGAGGUCAUCGGCGAGCAGUGGAGUUAGCAGUUCUUUCUCUGGCAGCAUAGUGUUGGCGAAUGUGGAAGAGGAAUACAAGUAUGAGGACAAAGAAGAAGACGUUGUGCUUAUUGAGAAGAGAUUGCUUGUUUCGUCUAUAGUGUUACCAGUAGAUGAAGCGACAGAUGCAGUAGACCAGACUAUAAUCUCCAUGGCUUCCUCGCUCCCUUCCUCUAUGGAGUACGACGUAAACACGCUGAGACUGGAACUUAUUCGUCUCGGGUUCACACCGGGUCCUAUACAGGAGCACAACAAGACGUUGUAUUUGAAAAAGCUCAAGAAUUUGAAAAAGAACCCGAUAGUCGUACAGCGAAAUGGGAAAACAUACAGCGUUGAAUUAGAAAAAUCACUCAGAAGCGACGAAUGGUUUCGCGAUCUAACACCCUACAUAGAUCUGGAGAACAAGGCGCGAGCUGAUUUCGCUAACCCUUCUAAGAAGUGGAGGGAGGGCAACUCUAAAACAUCAUUCACAUAUCUACUCCUCGACCCUCGGUUAACUAACAAUCUUCCAUCGAAAUGUGCAAAACAAAAACCUUUGGACUCUUGGGUUACAUUUAUCAACUCCAUCUUUUAUGUUGGUAAAGGCAAACGAUCAAGACCAUACUCUCACCUGUACCAGGCUCUCACACUAUGGAAGAGUGGCUUCAAAACGUCCAAAGAUAAGAAAAUACAACACAUCCUAGACAUAUGGUCGGACAAAGUGGGUGUUAUAUGUUUGCACGUCUUCCAAAACGUUAUACCUGCUGAGGCUUUCACCUACGAGGCGGCCAUGAUUGAUGUUAUAGGUAUAACGAAUUUGAAAAACUUAAAAUCUGGCAAUUAUUAUGGUGUUGCGUCAUCUUGGCCUCUCAAAGAACGCCGCAUGUUAGGAUUACACCUUCUGUACAAGGCUAUGCAGAUAUUUUUCAACGAAGGCGAAAGACAACUGCGUCCUGAUGACAUAGACUAGAUUUUUUUUUAUGACUGAGUCUAUUUUUUCAAUUAAGGCGAAAGACUGUGGCCUGAUAGACUAGAUUUUUUUUUUGAUGACUGACAUUAUGAUACUUUUUUAUCAAAAUUUAAUGAAUGAAAUUGACAAUAGAGUUUUUUGUUUUAACGUACCUAAAGAUAUUAUUUUAUCUUUGGAAAGUUAAACAUUUAAUAACGACUUAUGCAUUCUUCUACAUUAAUUACAACUUUUUAUCUGAUAUCAGAAAAUAUUUGAUCUUAAUUUGAAAAAAUACUAAUUUAUGACUACACAUUAUUUCCUUUUCACUAGUAAGAGUUUUAUAUCGUGUUAUUUAAAAUAUUUAAGUAAAAUAACAAUCCAGAUUUUCUGGAGUCUAUAAACAAAUAGACCAAAUAUUUUAGUUAUAAUUUUACAUGUCUUGCCAAAAACCAACCCUCUUUUGUGUACCUUUGUACUGCACCGUGAAAUAUCCAAAGAAAUAACAAUUACCUUUACAUAUUGCUUUUAAAAUUUUAUUUUCAACAUAAUUAUAAUUUAGUUUUAAGAUUUUUGUGUUAAAUGAUUUUUUUACUUCAAUCAGUAUUCUGAAUCCCAUUGCGUAUUAAUAUAAGUGUAAAAUUUAUUUAUUUCAUUUUGAUGCAAUUUUUAAUGUAUCAAUUUUAUUUAUUAACACUAUUAACUUUAAAUUUAAGUUACCAUGCAUUUUCUAAAUUUUAUUCUAAAAAUUUGUAUUUUAAUUAGUAUAAAUGUUGGGUUCAAAUCGAAUACAGUAUAUUUGCUAGACUCGCUAAAUUAUGAAAUAGAAAAGAUUUUGCAUUAUAUUAAGAUAAUCAAGAUCAAAUUGAAGGUAAUAUUUUCAAAAUGAAUAUAGGAAAACUAUUCAUAUUAUGAAUUUUCUAAGGGUGUUAGAUUAAUAUCUGGCUCGAAGGACCAAAAAACUGAACGCAAUUUUUUUAUAAUGUAUUAUUUUUGCUAAAAAUAAUAUAUUACUUAAAUAUAAUAAUUAAAAAUUGCGUUCUAUUAUAUUUAAACGUAUUCGGUUAGAACCAAACAGUAAGAUCUCGAGAUUUAUUUAUAAUUUAUACUAUAUUAUUAAAAUAGUACCUUAAUGGUACUUGUUAGCUCUAAAUUGUAUUUUUGAACAUUUAAGAUUAAUUUUUACCUACUAACUGUGCUCCUAGUCAAUUUUUGUAUAGCAUAAUAUUUGAUUGCUGUAGUAUAAAAUUGUACCUACAUUAUUGAAGGUUAAUAUAGGAAAUAAAACACAUUUUUUUAAGAAAUAAUUUAUCUUUAUUAUUCCUUUUUUAACCUCUCGAAUUCUUUUCUAAGAAAUCAAAACUUGGCUUUUACUUACACCGAAAAAAUACACAAAUGAUAUAUCGAUACAUUAUAGUACAACAUUGUGUUGCAUACCAACUCACUGGUACAAUAACUAUAAAAUAAUGAAAGCGUAAUGAGUCGCGAUAACGCGCCGAAUUUUAAUUAAGCGUCGCAGAGACGAGAUUGGGGCCACCUUUGAUGGAUUUUGAUUUUUUAUUGAGGGUUUACAACGCUUACUAAAUACAUUAAUAAUUGUUAUUGAUAUUAUGUUUUAUAAAGGAAAUGAUGAAAUAAAAACUUUUUUUUGGAGAA